AUGGAGUCUGGUGCGGAAGACGAGGUCACGUGGCCCCUCAUCCCCCCGGCUUCCUUCUUUCCCAUCCAUCUACCCCACCAUCGCCACCACCACCCGUCCUUCUACCACCACCACCAUCCCAUCCGUCUACCACCACCACCAUCCCAUCCGUCUACCACCACCACCAGCGCACAGCAAUGGAUAACAACAAAAAAAUUACACAAUAAGGGCGAGAAGACAAUUGUCUGCCGGGCGAAGCAACCAAUCGAGAGCGGGGCGGAACCAAUCGAGAGCGGGGCGGAACCAAUCGAGAGCGGGGCAGAAAAACCAAUCGAGAGCGAGAGCGGGGCGGAACCAAUCGAGAGCGGGGCGAAAAAAACAAUCGAGAGCGAGAGCGGGGCGGAACCAAUCGACAGCGGGGCGGAGCAGAACCAGGAAAUCACUCUAGAGUACCUCCGCAAGGUAGCUAGGAAUGCAAUGGCAGUCCGGAACGCACAAGAGACGGCCAAGAAUGAGGACAGCAGGCCCAAAAAUAACAUCCCACUUGACGAAAAGGGUAACAUUGACUGCUCUAAGAUCAAGUUUGACCCUGGCUUCAUACCACCUCCACUUGAUGUAAAGAAGCAUCUCGAGCUGCUUCGUAGCGAAUUGGAUCCCAACCACCCUUGGUACGCGCCCGAAUAUCAACACACCAAUCUUCGAGCCAUCAUUAGGUUGUAUGAAGAGGGGAAGAUAGAUGGCCAAAAGCGCAUUUACGUUCAAGAUGGAAAGAUUGUAUCAAGGGAGCAGGCGUUCAAAGGUCCUGCUCCAUCGCUUGUUGACGGGAUGUUCCAUCAGUAG